AUGUCAGAGCUGGCAGGGGAAGGAGGCAGCCAGUAAGCACGGAGCAAUCAGCGCCCCCCAGCAGCGGGACAAAGUUCCUCCUGUGCGACACACGUUCCUCCUGCGCGACACACCCUCUCAUCGAGGCCCCAACCAGUAACACCUGAAAGCAUCAUCAUCAGCAUCAUCGUCAGAAUCAUCGUCAGCAUCAUCAUCGUCGGCAGCAGCAGCAGCAGCAGCACGAGCAGUAGCAGUAGUGGUGGUGUCUGUCCUGGGUAUCAUCAUCAUCAAUCAUCAUCAGUGAUCAUCAGUGAUCAUCAUCAUAAGCAGCAGCAGUAGCAGCAGGAGCAGCAGCAGCACGAGCCGGGGUUUGAGCAGCAGCAGCACGAGCAGGGGUAGGAGCAGCAGCAGCUGAAGAAGAAGCAGAAGCAAGUUGCAUCCUGGGUUGAUUAAGGUACCAAUCAGGGUGGUGGUGGUGUUGUCUCUCCUGGGUUUGAUUAAGGUACCAAUCAGGUGCACAUCUUAUCUCACCGGAGUCGGGAUCACCAUCGUCAAACGACCGACUGACAACCUCCAGAAUGGCAGCGGCAGCGGCAGCAGCGGGAGUGACGAUCCGUCCGUCGUUGGACGACCGGUCGGACGCAACGAGACCAAGUGUCAGCACCGUUCCUGGGCAACAUGCACAGCUUCGAACAGCCGCUCUCACGUGUUCUUCCACGUGUCGCGCUCUCAAUGGAUCUCGUACGCGGUCUUUUGCUUCCACGUGUCGUUGGUUGCGGACGCGGAGGAGGGUGGUCAGAUCACAGCUAAGGAGGCGGCAGCAGGAGGGGGAGCUCUGGGGGAGCAGCCUUCACGAGGAAGGGACUGGGAGUCGUCCUGUCCUGCUGCCACGUCAGCCGAGAGCGGGUGGUGGUGGUGGUGUUUACCAUAGCCCGCAAGGAUACGAUAUGAGCCAUCAAGAUGAAGAUAACCAUAGCAACAGGAGUAGCAGUAGUCGAAGACGUACGGGGGAGGGGGGUGAGGAGAGGAGGGCGCGUGCUGGGUGGGCCAGUGCUAGCCUGGCAGUCGGCGAGCAGGGAAGAGAAUCAUCAGAUGCAACGUCAGAGGAGGGACAGGAGGGGGAGAGGGGAGGAGGCAGUGAGCCGUCCAUUUCGGGAAAGGGAUUGGCGGACAUGCGAUGGACGAGAAUGGCAUUUUUUUGGAAGAGGAGCAAGCCGUACGAGGGGCGGGUCGGGACCUUCAUGAAGGAGGGGAACGUGGCUAUGGCAGCCUGGGGGCUGAAGUCGAGAUCAUUUCGGCAGCCGCCCAACACCGACCGAGCCAAGGCGUUGUCUGCUCUUCUUCCUUACGUGGUGGUAGCGACUGCGGUCUCCGCCUUGGUAUACCCACCCUCCUAUUCAUGGUUUAGCAAACAGUACUACACCCCUGCUCUGGGGGGAAUCAUGCUUUCCAUAGGGAUCCAGCUUAAGCCAUCAGACUUUCUCUUGGCUAUUGCAAGACCGAAGCCAGUUCUACUCGGAUAUGGCGUGCAAUACAUCAUUAAGGUCAUCCUAUGCCGCGUAUUUAAGCGAGGGUGACGUGGCGUUCAGCAUUGUCCUGACAGCUGUAACAACCAUAAGCUCGGUUAUUGUGACCCCUCUCCUCACUAAAUUCCUUAUCGGUGCGGUGGUCCCAGUCGAUGCCGUUGGCAUGGCCAAAGCAAUCAUGCAGGUACACAUGAAAUAAAUGGAAAAGACCCCC